AUGAAGCGCGCCCUGCUGGUGGGCUGCAACUACGGCGGCCUGCCGGAGGCCUACCACCUGCAGGGCUGCGCCAACGACGUGGCCACCUGGAAAGACGUCCUGGAGAGCGUCUACGGCUUCGACCCCGAGUGCGUGGAGGUCAUGGUGGACACGGACGCCGACGGGGUGCAGCCCACGGGGAAGAACAUCAAGGGCGCGCUGCGGCGGCUCGUGGCGGAGUCCAGGGCGGGGGAUGUGCUAUUCUUCCACUUCAGCGGCCACGGCACGCAGCUGGAGGACGACGAGGCGGACGAGGAGACGGACGCCAAGGACGAGGCGCUGUUCCCCUGCGACGGAAACGUGAUCGUGGACGACGACAUCCGGGAGAUCAUUGGACCGCUGGACCCGGGCUGCAAGUUCACCUUCUCGGCGGACACCUGCCACAGCGGCGGGAUGCUGGACCACCAGGCAAUCGCGAUCAGCGGCGCCAAGGAUGACGAUGAUGUGAAGUACGUGUCGGAGCUGGUCACGCGGGACAGGUUCAUCACGUUCUCCGCCGUCUUGGCCGUGGUGCAGUCCUACGUCUUGAAGAAGGUGGUGGAGGUGGCCACCUACAAAAUCAG